ACAAAUGUCCAGGUAACAUUACACAACUGUCUCAUCCACAAUGUCCAGAGAGACUUCAUCUUGCAGACUGGAGAUCCCACUGGGACAGGGCGCGGUGGAGAAGCUGUCUAUAGCAAACUCUAUGGGGACCAGGCUGGCUUUUUUGAUGCAGAGAAAGCACCACGUAUCAAACACAGGAAGAAGGGCACGGUGUCCAUGGUGAACAACGGAAACAACCAGCAUGGUUCUCAGUUCCUUAUUACCAUGGCUGACAACCUGGAUUACCUGAAUGGAGUCCAUACUGUGUUCGGGGAAGUGACAGAAGGCAUGGAGAUCUUGGCCAAAAUCAACGAGGCCUUUGUGGACAAGGACUUUGUCCCCUUUCAGGAUAUCAGGUGAACUAACACAAACUAUCUAUGCAGUAGUUCCCUAUGUUUCCAAAAUCAUAUGUA